CAGGCGGCUGCUCCCUGCUGACUGGGGUGUGGGCGGGGAGCGGCGGAGGGAGGAGGAGGUGCUGCUGGCCGCUGCAGUUGCCUCCGCUGCUGGGCGCCUGGGCAGCUCCCCCGGUUCCCGCGGCCGCCAUGGACGAGCAAGCGGGUCCCGGCGUCUUCUUCAGCAACAACCACCCGGGCGCCGGCGGUGCCAAGGGUCUCGGGCCUCUGGCGGAGGCUGCCGCGGCCGGCGACGGGGCGGCUGCGGCGGGGGCGGCCCGAGCCCAGUACAGUCUCCCGGGCAUCCUGCACUUCCUGCAGCACGAGUGGGCCCGCUUCGAGGUCGAGAGAGCCCAGUGGGAAGUGGAGCGGGCGGAGCUGCAGGCUCAGAUUGCCUUCCUUCAGGGGGAAAGGAAAGGUCAAGAAAAUUUGAAGAAGGAUCUUGUGAGGAGGAUCAAGAUGCUGGAGUAUGCGCUUAAACAGGAAAGAGCUAAAUACCACAAGUUGAAAUAUGGAACAGAAUUGAAUCAGGGAGAUAUGAAGCCUCCAAGCUAUGACUCUGAUGAAGGUAAUGAAACAGAGGUGCAGCCACAACAAAACAGCCAGUUAAUGUGGAAACAAGGUCGACAACUACUCAGACAGUAUCUACAGGAGGUGGGUUACACAGAUACUAUUCUAGAUGUGAAAUCCAAACGAGUGCGAGCUUUGUUGGGCUUUUCAAGUGAUGUCACUGACAGGGAAGAUGACAAAAAUCAGGACUCAGUUAUAAAUGGCACAGAGGCUGAAGUUAAAGAGACAGCAAUGAUUGGAAAAUCUGAGUUAACAGAUUCUGCCUCCGUGCUGGAUAACUUUAAAUUCCUUGAAAGUGCAGCUGCAGAUUUCAGUGAUGAAGAUGAAGAUGAUGACAUUGAUGGAAGAGAGAAAAGCAUCAUUGAUACUUCAACGAUUGUUAGGAAAAAAGUAUUGCCUGAUAGCAGUGAAGAUCGAGAUACAAAAGAAGCUCUAAAGGAGUUUGACUUUCUGGUUACAUCAGAAGAAGGAGACAAUGAAUCCAGAAGUGCAGGCGAUGGAACAGACUGGGAAAAGGAAGACCAGUGUCUCAUGCCUGAAGCUUGGAAUGUGGACCAGGGAGUAAUUACCAAACUCAAGGAACAAUACAAAAAGGAGAGAAAGGGGAAAAAGGGGGUGAAGAGAAAAACUACUGAAGAUCUGUUUCAGCCUCUAUCCUAUAUAAAACAAUCAAAACAGGGAUGUGGGAGAAUGCAGCAUCAAAGUACAGGGCCCAAUAGGUCAAAACUGCAAGAUAUGCUUGCUAAUUUGAGAGAUGUUGAUGAACUUCCCUCAUUGCAGCCAUCUGUGGGUUCACCUUCCAGACCCAGCAGCUCCAGGCUUCCUGAACAUGAAAUAAAUAGGGCAGAUGAAGUGGAAGCAUUGACGUUUCCUCCUUCUUCUGGGAAGUCAUUCAUCAUGGGAGCAGAUGAAGCCCUUGAAAGUGAACUGGGACUUGGAGAAUUGGCAGGCCUUACAGUGGCCAAUGAAGCAGACUCAUUAACUUAUGAUAUAGCAAACAAUAAAGAUGCAUUGAGGAAGACAUGGAACCCUAAGUUUACAUUAAGAAGUCACUUUGAUGGCAUUAGAGCCCUUGCUUUCCACCCCAUUGAGCCUGUUUUGAUAACAGCAUCAGAGGAUCACACGUUAAAAAUGUGGAAUUUGCAGAAAACAGCCCCAGCCAAAAAGAGCACUUCUCUUGAUGUGGAGCCUAUCUAUACAUUCAGAGCUCAUAAAGGUCCAGUGCUUUGUGUGGUAAUGAGCAGCAAUGGUGAGCAGUGCUAUAGUGGCGGGACUGACGGACUGAUCCAGGGCUGGAACACCACCAACCCCAACAUCGAUCCCUAUGACUCUUAUGAUCCUUCUGUUUUAAGAGGCCCCCUCCUAGGCCACACCGAUGCAGUCUGGGGUUUGGCUUACAGCGCAGCACACCAGCGUUUGUUGUCCUGUUCAGCAGAUGGCACUCUCCGUUUAUGGAAUACAACCGAGGCUGCUCCAGCCCUGAGUGUAUUUAAUGAUAAUCAAGAAUUGGGAAUCCCUGCCUCUGUGGAUCUAGUGAGCAGUGACCCGAGCCAUAUGGUAGCAUCAUUCAGCAAAGGAUACACAAGCAUCUUUAACAUGGAAACACAACAACGCAUUCUCACUUUAGAAUCCAACCUAGAUUCAACAGCCAGCUCUUCCUGCCAAAUAAAUAGAGUCAUCAGUCAUCCCACUCUUCCCAUCAGCAUCACUGCUCAUGAAGACAGGCAUAUCAAAUUCUACGAUAACAAUACAGGCAAACUGAUCCACUCGAUGGUAGCCCACCUAGAAGCUGUUACAAGUUUAGCAGUUGAUCCAAAUGGCCUGUACUUAAUGUCUGGCAGUCAUGACUGUUCAAUACGUUUAUGGAACCUAGAAAGUAAGACGUGUAUCCAAGAGUUCACAGCUCAUCGGAAAAAGUUUGAAGAAUCAAUUCAUGAUGUAGCUUUCCACCCAUCCAAAUGCUAUAUAGCCAGUGCUGGGGCUGAUGCACUGGCUAAAGUCUUUGUAUGACACAAUGCAUCAUCUUCACCUUCUAGCUCUUUAUAAAUAAUCAACUGCACAAAAGAGAUACAGAAGACCGGGGCAAGAGUCAACCCAUCCAGCCCUUUUGUUCUGCUGAAGGAGCACAGAGAACAUUUGUUAAAGUAUAGUUUUGCAAUUCGUUUUCUAAACCUAAGGUUUGUUCAGGUUGCUGCAAGCUCAGCUGAAUCUGUGAGCCUGAAAACUUUAAAAUUUUUCCCAAAAUAGGAGCUUUUAUUUCUGAGGUUGUUCUAAUUCGCUAGGCAGGCCUGAGCGAAGAACAUAGGUUUAGCUUACCCCUAUUGAGUAAAUAGGGCACAUUAUAAGGGAUAAUUAAAAAGGUUGAUGGCUGGGAAUGAGUAGAGGAAGAAUGGAAAUUUAGACCUAGUUCUCCCCUGAGAAGUCUUGUUAAACAUAUUAGGUAGUCAAAACAGUAAUCUUUAUCAUAUCUGUUGUACUAACCCCUAUGUGCAUAAUGACCAGGCAGUGUUAAAAUGAGUUUUUAAUUUAGCUCUCCUUUCAACUGUUCUCAUAAAGCACCUGGCAAAACAUUUUACCUAUUAGAGGGAAAAAAAGAAAUGCAAUAACAUGUUAAAUAUAUUAUUAUUCAGAAAUGCUAAACAAAUAUUUACUUUUUAAGCAGAUUUCUAUAUUGUAUUACAUUUUUGAAAAUAGAUUUGGUACCAUUCUAAAGUUUAGCUGUCAAAAGCACUCACCAUUAUGAAGAAUAGUUGAUAGAGUCUGCUUUUACUGAAGGAUUUAACUUAUUCAGGUUUAAGAUUCUGUUUAUUUUUAAUGGCAAGCAGGUCAUAUCUUUAUAAUAACUUCUGUUAAUUUUAAAAUUCAUUUUAUUCAUGGGAUGUUUAUAGUACCAGAGUGAUUAUUUCCUAUCAAUGAAAUCUUACCUUUCAGUGGUUGAAAAGCUGGAAGUUAUUUGCAAGUACUUAUUUAUCAAAACCCACAUAACCAUGCUUCAGAUGAUCUCUACUCUUUCUUCUUUGUCUCUUAUAUUCAAAUUAUCUGACACCUACCAAAAAUAGUUCAUAAUUAUUAUGUUUUAAUAGUCCAAAGGAUAUGGUUAACCUCAGGCGGCUGCUUUUGCAGAAGUACUAAAUAAAGCAAAUGUUUUGUGCCCCAGGAAUUCCCUUAUUAAUAUCUCUAAGAAGAAGAACCUCUUGGAAAUCUGGAUGGAAUAGUUUGGUGUAUAAUAUUGGCUAAAGGGUUCUCUCUUUCUUUCCCUCUCCCUACCCCACCUCCAGUGUCUAAUUGGAAUACACAGCAUGUUUUAAUAGGCAGUGAAUCAGUACUGUUUCUGGGGAAAACCAUUCUUGAAGAACCAGGGUUCCCUGAGCGCACCUUACCUAUGACCCACAUAUGGUCAACUCUUGGGAUUUCCAUGACCCCACUGUCUGGACCCAGUAUAUAGACCUCAUCCCUACAACUGUCUCACCUCUCCUCACACUCUUUCUUAUUUGCCCAAAAUGUCAGAGACCAAUCUGGAAAUUAGAAAUAAGUUACUAAUACCCAAAUUUUCAGCAAAAUGUAUUUUUAAUAGGCUCUCAGACUUAAAAAAAGUCCAUAUCCGUAAAUAUUGUAACCUUUUAAUAUAAUUCCUACAUUCCUAUGCCCGUGUAUUCCAUUAGCAUAACAAUGGCACUUCUGAUAAUAUGUACAUCUACUCCCUGAAGAAGUUUUAUCACGAUAGUGUCAAUAUUAAUUGACAGUUUUUCUUUAAAAUUUCUGCUUAUCUGCCUCUGGAAUUCUGUAGUAUACAGGCAAGUUUUCUUUAAAGACCUGUGUUAAAUUUGCCUAAUUGAUAUACAGAUAUGCUUUAAUAUUUUGACACAGCUACCUUGUCAUUUCAUCUGUGCUUUGGUUCACAGUGGGCUCAAGGGACUCCUUUGUGUAUUCAAAUGAUUUGACCUGGAUAUGAGCUACCAGUUAAAUGUUUAUAUUCCCAUGCAGGUAUAGAAUUCCACAUUGUGUUUGGCGAAUUCCUCUUUUGAUUGUUCACAAAGUAAAUAAAUGAUGUUGCUGACCUAACAUUUGUAGAAGGAUACUGGAAAAUUCCAGUCAGGUGCUCUUAAUUGGCAUAUUUGUGAUGGAUGACUACAGGCUAUUGUUCUACCAAUUAUUGCUUUAAUUACUUUCCAAGGUCUGCAGUGCCUGCUUUCCUUCUGUCACUGGAAUUCUCAAAACCAAGACACUCUCUUCAUCUGCGUUUUAUGCCGCAUGGUUGAAAUGCAUUUUUCUGUUAGUAAGUAGAAAACAACCAUGAGAUAUGUAGACUGUAGUGCAAAUGAUGGAACUGUUGAAAGUUCCUUAGAAAGCCAGUGCUGUGCUCUUGGAGAUUGUACCCAGAAACAGAGAUUCUUCUCCACUAGCACUGUUAUGAUCUCAGUGUAGAAAUGAGCCAAAGCUGUCUUCCAACCAGAUAGAAGCAUAUAUAUGUGUCUGAUUUUUCCCUCAGCUUAUCAAAAAUUCAAUGAAAAUUGACAAAAUGAACAAAUUCCAGAUUUGAACAGUCACUGAAAUGCUGUCAUAGUGCUUCAUUUGUAAAUAUUUUGGAUGAAAUGUAUUGGAAUAGUAUGAAAAUCAGCAGGAGAUGUGGGUCCCUGCCUUAUCUUCACAUGCUAUGGAUACAUCUCUGGGAGCUUGCAGCACCCUUCUCAAAACUCAGCUGUCAUAUGGAGCUCAUUUGCUACUUGAACCAUAGACAGAUAUUUAACAUAAGUGAUAUAAUGACCUUCAGUAUUUUUCUAUUGAACAAGUUUAGCAAUUUUUGCCAUUAAACAGAUAAUUAGUUAUGCAAAGUAUUUAGCUUUUAUAAUCAUUUUAGUUAUGACUAAAAGGGGGGAAAUUGAGCUGUAUCACUGAUAACAAACUUUGUGAGAAAUUUUUUGUUUAUCUGACUUUCAUUCCUUCAGUAUUCUUGCUAUAAAUUUCUUUUGGAGAUAAUGAUGAAGAUUUAUUUGAAAAUGUCUAAAAUGUAUGUAUAUUUUAUAAAUAUAUAUUAUAUAUAUUGUAGGAAUAUAUAUAAUAUAUAUAGACUAUAUAUAUAUAUAUAAAACCAUAGGUGCAUUUUACUGUUUUGUAUGUUCAUUUUUGGAGGUAGUGUACACAGCAGGUGAUGACGAGUAUGAUGAGUGUUGUGCUGUUUGCUUUUGCAGUAUAAUAUAUAGUUCUAAAUGUUUAAAUUCCUGUAUAUACUAUAUUCAUUAUAGGCUAGCAUGCUUGUUUUAAAGACUGUCAUUCUAGUUUAUUAAAAUCUGAAUGUAAGAAAACCUGGCUAUUCAAAUGUGAAUUGAAAAGUAUUCCAUUCUCAGUACUGAACUAUUUCCAUUGAACAUUCAGGAUUUUUGACAAAACAGAUAUCAUCAAGAAGGCAAUAGCUAGAGAAAGAGAGGUGCCUUUAAAAAAAAAAAAAAUACAAAUGCAGCCUUACAGUGAGGAUGAGGAUUGAGUUUCUUUGUGGGGGAAGGGGUGUGAGAGAGAGAGAGAGGGAGAGAGAGUGUGUGUGUGUGUGUGUGUGUGUGUGUGUGUGUGUGUGUGUGUGAGUGUUUGCCAAUCUGUGAAGGUCCUGAUUUGUGACCAUCAAUGUCUUUUUAAUGUAUCUGUUCAACUUCUAGGACUUCAGGGGACAUUUCAUGCGCUGUCUUCGUGCUCUUCUGAGCACCAUAAGUACUUUCCAAGAAUUUUGAAUGUGAAUUCCUAGAAAUUUCAGUAGAGAAGAAAAUGGCUAUUCUUUCAUUGUAAGUCAAGUUCAGGUAGUAGGAGAAAUUAUUGAUUCACCAAAAUUAUGGGAUCUCAUUAACGUUGGCUAAGUAAAUGUAAUUUUUAAAGGCUCACUUUUUUAGUACUUCAUAUAUUUCCCCUUUACACAAGAGCAUGUCAUGAUUCUUAUGUGAUGAAGAUUCAACUAGUAAAAAUCAUUUUUAAACUAAACACCUGAACUAGUUAAAAUUCCACCUAAGAAUAGUAUUUAAAUGGCAUCUUUCAUAUCUACCUCUUUGUCAUUGCUGCCAUUUUGACUCAAGCAAAUCUUUAUGACAUCUAAAAUAAUGGUUGGAUGCAAUUUAAAAAUCUGUGUUGGUGCUUUUCUCAGGCUUUGUCAUUUAAGUUAUAUUGAACAAAGAUGUCACAAAUCAGAUUGAAAAGCUUAGAAUUAAUUUUGAUUUUCUUUUGAAAGAACUGCUUAAAAUUUAUCAUCAAUGUUGAUAAUGACUUGGAGAUAGUCUCUGGUUAGUAUAUGUCUGUGUGAUGCUUUCAGCCAAGAGCCAAACUGUUGUUGAUUUACAUGGGAAAAGAGCUCUUAAGUAUAAUUUUCUUCAGCUUACUUUAUUCUUUGAAAGCUAUUUCAAGUAUCUAAUCAUUAAUUUUAUUUACUCAGAAGUUGCCUCUGUUACUGGGUUGUUUAGUUAUUUAUAUAAUUGCAUUAUUUUGUUUAACACUGGGAUUCAGGUUGUACAAAAGUAGUAGCUGACAGAAAUUGUAUGUAUAUUUUUCUGAAACGUAUCAAUUCCUUCAGUUCAUUUUAGAAGAAGGUCCAGAAAACUAACAUAUCUGUGUUUAAAAAACAAAGGACAGGUCAGGUCCUUGGUAGAUGAUUUGAAUCAUUCUACUUGUGCCACUGAAAGUUUUUUAAUUGGCUGUAUAUCCAUCAUCCAACUGGAUCUCAGUGUCAUUGUAAGGGAUGCGGGGUUCACAGAGUAUUAAACAGAUUGCAUCUUUUUUUUUUAAUCCAAAAAAAAAAAAGCGAAUAUAAAGCCAAACAGAGAUCUCUAGAUCCCACUUAUUUAUUCUAGGAGUAUUCCUGAAGUGGUGCUUAAGAGUCAGAAUUUUCUGGAUCUUUGCUAGUCAAGCUUUAGAUUUGAUUUAACUGGGACCACAUGCCCGUCAUCCCUCGGAUGCAAAUUAGAAAGUUCAUUUUAAUUUAAAUUAACUCCAAUGUCUGCCUGGGUUUUUAACAGGCUGUGAACCAGUGAGUGCCUUGUUAACGUAGAAUGAUUUUUCCCUGGUUGUGUGUUAGCUCCUCUCUGAAAGUGUCUUAGAGAAUGGUAUUUCAGUUGACUUGUAGAGAGCUGCUAAAUUUGGUGUUAUCAGCAAUCAGAAAGCCUUCAGUCUACCACAUACCACCCUCCGUACUUUCUUUUCAUUGUUUGGCUGAAGUUUGCCUCUUGUGAGAAACAAAUACAACCCCCUUCUCCACACAGCUUUUUUCCAAUCCAGAUUAAGAGGUAUCCCCUAUACCUAUCCCAACUAUAUGAUCUAAUACCUGUUUUCAGGAGGAACCACUUCUGGUUUUGUAAUCCAGAAGGAUUACAAAUCCUGUAAUCUGCUGGUUAUUUUAUGUCUUCUCCACUUCAGUUUACUAGAGCUGACCUCAGGGCAUCAUCAGUUCAGAUUCAUCAAUAACUCCUUUUCUCCACACCCCUUCACCCCUCCAACUGGUGAUCCCUGGGCCAGAUUGUUUGAUCUUCAGGUAUUUUAAAAUUUAGGUGUAAUAUCAAUUAAUGUAAAUUAAUCCAAAUGCUAAUUUUUGUGGUGCAAGAAGUUUCUUUUGUAAAUUCAGGGUAUGGAUAAGCUAAUUAAGACAUCCUUUUUUGGUGGCUCUAAGUGUAUUAUUUGUUUUUAAAUAAAGUGUACAAAUAUAGAUAAUGUGCUAUAGGUGUCUCAUGAAUUGAAAUAUUUGUCAGAUUUGGAAUCUAGUGGGUUUGCAGUUAAAAUACUUUAAUACAACCUGAUUUUGUUUUGGGGGUUAGGUAGUAAAGGGGGGCAGAGAAAUAAAAGUGUAUUAGACAAAGUAGCUGUGAAUCCAAAGUAAUGAACCAAUCUUAAUUAUUGAUUGUAAGGAAGGUGGAGAAAUUUAUCAUUAUAGAGAGUUUGGGGCUUUGGAAAACCAGUAAAAUUAAAAUACCCCACACGAUUGGAUCAUGAUACUUUCAGGGACAUAUGUGUAUUUUUUCUCAAGUGUUCAGUUACAUAAUUUAAAAAAUUAUACAUACACAUACACAUAUAAAUUUAAUGUGCUUUUAUUUUUUCUUUGUUUGGCUACUUAACAGGCAAGCGUAAGCCUUCUACCCCUUGCUCCUUCAGAUCAACAUUAUUUUUCAAGGGCUUCUGCUCAGAACUCACUAUCUCUUUGUUCCACUCUGGAGCCACAAUAAUAUAUAGAAUCUAAAAGGUACCGCUUCUGGUGUCCUUGAAACUAUCCACUGUUCUAUGAUGUUUCAUAUGCUGCUGUAGUAACAAGUGUUCUAUUCUUUGGUAUGUACACAUUUUUCAGUAGUGUCAGAAAUGUCCCUUUUGUCCCUUGUAAUGAGAACUGAGACGUGAUUUGCUGGAGUUGUUUUAGAGUAAUCUAGCUCAGAAGGUCAAGAGGACUCCAAAAGUUUUUCAGGGAUUGAUGGACCCUCUGGGGUCAGCCCAGGUUCAGAAUGGUAUUCUAACCUGCUUUAGGUUUCCCAAGGGCACCACUGAGGUUUUGAAGGGUCCUAGGUUGUCCUGGCACUUAGAUAUUCCCCAGGAACACCUGGAAAUCUGGCGGCAUCCAACACUAUAACCAUAACACAUCCCUCCACUUGUUACUUCUCAGUUAUACCUGUCGUUUACAAUGAUGGGGACGCUCUAGCUCUGUGGAGAAGCGCUGACAUGCAGCUUUGAAAAUUAGAUUCCAUAUUUUCUGAAACACAAAUUCUAAUUUAGUAUAUUUUAUAUACUUUCAAAACCAAACAGAAUGCAAAACCCACCAAACGGAAAAUCACUCACUUCAAGUUUCACUUAGAUCCUACAAAACCCUAAGCCCUUUCUUAUUCUUAGUUGUUAUUAGACUAAAGGUAAUGGUGUUUUUGGUCAGACUUGAAGAAGGAUCUGACUAUUUGGGAGAAUAAAAUCUGCAAUAUCUUUCCUACUGGAAGGGUCUGUUUCAUAGAAAAUUCUCUCGUCCUUGGUUAUUUAGCCAUUCACCUUACAGGAAGACUGGUCCAGAUGCUAACUCCCUUUUGACUUUUCCUGUGUGCCUCUUUAAAGAGAGAGUUAAUCCAGUGAUAUAAAGGAGACCCCACAGCAAAACAUGUUAAAUAGCACUUGGAGUACUAGAAUUAGUAUUAUUAAUUCACAUGCCAAAGUUUUUCAUGUCCUUAUAAGAUCCAGGGUGUGUAUCAGGUUCCCAAUCUAUAACCUCAAACCAAAGAUAUUUUUGAAUUACCUCAUAUAAUAGCAUCAUCAAAUUAAGGGUAAUGGUAGGGAAACCCAUCAUUCACAAAUGAGAAUUCCCAAACUGAAAAACUUUCUUUAAUUAAAAAAAAAAAACUGCAUGCAUGGAAAGCAAAAUUUUAUGUUAAGCAUAUGUUGAGAAAAUAAGCAGCUUGUGGUGUAUAUAAAAUGUGUUGAAACGUUAAUGUAUACUGACAUCACCUACUCCUUCCUUAUGGAAGUGGGACCAAGGCAGUAAUUUUUCAGAAAUAAAUAAGAUUAACUUACCUUAAAGCAAAAGAAACUCAUCAGAAAGUUUACUUUUGGUGCUGGAUAACUUGGGUGCGGGUGUGGGGAAAGAUGUACCACACUGAAAAGGAAAACACAGCCUCUGAUCUGGACCCAUCACCCAUUGUCUUCCUUUCUUGUUAAAAGACUUGUAAAGAUGACCUCUGAGAGCCUUUUGAUCUGUAAAAGUGAAUGGUUCCAGUUCUGGCUUUUUUUGUCAUUGAUCCCUGUCAUCUAAAUUAAAGAUUUUGGGGAACUACAUCAAAAGUAUCCAGGAGUCCCCCGGUUAAAGUGUCAGACAACAUAGCUUUUUAUUAUAUUGUAGGAAGCUAUAUUAACAUAAGCCCAGGUUAUGCUGUGUCAUCUGCAUAUGUCAGAAUGAAGACCAGACAUGUAAGAAAUGUCCUAAUGUAGCCAAGUGGUAAUCUCAUGAAAAGAUAGAAUCAUUUUUAUAGAAUGAGUUCUGUUGUUUUGAAUGACUUUGUGCUUUUAGAAGCAUUUUUUAAAAUAUUUACAUAUUUUUCUACAAGCUUUGAGCCCACAUAUUUCAGAAUAUCCUAUUGAUGGAAUUAUUUCACUCAGUGUGUAUUUUAGAAAAAGAACGCAAUGGUCUCACGUAUCUUUUUGCAGUAAUUUAUGGAUAACACGCCUGACCCCCGCUCCCCACCAAUACUCAAGUGCCAUGUAGGAAUUCUUUCAUAUGUGGUAAAUAUCUUAGUAUUUUGCUGACUGGAAAAGCAGUAUUUUUAUACAUAGCUUGCAGGUAAACCAUGGAGCCUUGUGCAUCUGAUAAAUGUUGAAAUGAAUGGAACAUUAAGAUAGAGCAUGUAUACCACGUAAGUAAUGUUAAUAGUGUCCCUUCAGAGCUAACAAGGAUAAGGUUAGAUUCUGCCAAUUGCCAUGCACAGAUUUUGAAAGUAUGCUUGUUUAGCCAAAAUACCAUUUAACAAUCAGUUCGUUUAAGAGGAAACUUUUUCAAUGAAAUAGUACCUGUUCAGUUUCCUUGUAUAUCUCAGGGUCAGAAGAAACGAGGUUUUUUCCCAACUCUAAAACAUUCAGACUUUAUUUUAUUCCUUUGAUCAGCCUUUUAAACAAGCAGGACAAUAAGCUCCUUAUUUCUCAUUGUUGUAGGAUACCUAGGAAUAUAUAUGUGAUGAUUACAAUAAAAAAAAAUAAAACUUGCAAGCAGACUUUUUUCUCUUAGAAACAUUGCUUUCUGGGGGCAGAAAUAAUUUUACUUUUGAACUUGAAGGUUGUAGAUCAAGGCAGUUUUAUACCCUUGAUGUAUGCAAGUUACAUACAGCUUGCCUCUGCGGAUAAUCACAUUUUAUUUUGUGUGAAUUUUAGAAUUGUUUUGGGAGUACAAAGAUUGGCAGGGAAUAUACAAUAAGUCUAAUUUACAUACAUAUCUUUCAAAAUCUUGUGUUUUUUUUUUUUUUUUUUGAGGCAUGAGGAGCAGGUAUUGAUGAGUUUUAUUCUGAAUGCUUUGAUUCUAACCCCAUUCUCAACUCAGAUUUUACAUAUUAGGUAUUGCUCACUUGUCACCUAAAAAAUAAGAGUUGAUGGUUAUUUGUUUGCUGCUGUCUCUAAGCUCCUUGAGGCAGGGACCAUAUUUGUUUUUCUUAUAUUCCUCAACACUUCUCCUGGUGCCUUACCAUAUAGAAAGUACUCGAUAAAUAUUUAUUGAUUGAGUGAUCAGAGAACACAUUUUGAAACUCUAAAUCUAUCCAGAUCACCAAAAACAAAGGAAAAGAAAAAAGCAUCCCUGCCAGUCCCUUGGCAAUCUCAAAUGUAUUUAGGUCUGUGGAGCUGACGCUAAGAUUGAGGUCUGCACCCUCCUUGGGGAGGAAUCUGGACCUCACCUGAAAGGUGGCAACAGAAUGCCCAAGGCAGCACCCUCUUCUGCUACGCACUUCCAGUUUUGGCUGCUUUGGAACUGAGCAAAGCAUGCGGGGGAGUAGGAGAUCUCUCUAAGCCCUGCUGUGGUAUCCCUUCUGUCCCCCUAUCCUCCUGAACACCAACCCACUGGCCUCUGAUCUCUUGACAGGGAACUGUCCAGUCUGGAACCUAACCCUGCCUUGACUGUCUUGGGCCCAGACAGGGUCCACCACUCUUUUCCCUUGUGACCCUCAGAUGGUCCUGCUCUUCCUGACGGGCAUUUUUCUCCAAAGAGGUAGGAAGCUUCUCCCAGUAGAAGGUUGUCAAGAAAGACAUUUCUCUGGGGAGCUUGCUUUGGAGUUGGAAGAGUCUGGGACAAAAUCCCUCAGGAUGUUCUUAGGGCUGAUUUUGUCUUGAAGAUUUGAUGGUAAUUGUCUGAAUGUUUAUUACGUCUCCUAGGAAUAGUUCUGUGUUGUCUUGGUGUGCUGCUGCCACUCCAGCAGGGCCCAGGAGGCUUGAGACCUUGAGCUGAACAGCUUAAUUGUUUCAGGAACACUAGUUAGGGACAGGGUAUUUAUAUUUAACAGUCAAAUGACUUUUAAAUCAUUAACAGAAUCAUCAACAGAGCAGUGAAUUAUGUGACUAUGAAAUAUUCAACUAAAUAAAUCAAAAUAAUAUUAAACCUAUAUAUUAUGUAAGAACUGUUAUCUCUUUUUUAAUUAUUGAAACAUGAUUCCUUUACAAUCAGUAUAGCACAGAGGAAAGAACAGGAUUUUGGCCUGGGCACAGGACAUUGAUUGGCCAUGAGACUUUAGAUAAGCUAAUCUGAGUUGGUUUUUCAUCUACAAAAUGGGUAUUAUAGAUCUGCCUACUUAGAUUGACUUGAGAUAAUAGAUAUAUAACACCUGAUAAAAUGUCAGGCAGUAAUAAGUAUCAAAGAACUAUUAUUCACUCCCUGAAUUCAGUCUUCUUAUGUAAUUCUGUCACACUCCUGAUAGCUUCUGAAAUAUCAGGUUUUUUAGGAGAAAUCAGGUUAAAAUGAACAUCAAGAGGAACCCUUAAAUUAUACAUAAAAUAUUAGUUUCCUCAAUAGUUGAGUGCCUGCUAUGUGCCAGAGAGUUCUAGGUGCUGGCAUUCAGCAGUGAACAGAUAAAAUCCUUUACCUGCAGCUGACAUUAUAGUUGGGGAAAACAAACAACAAAUAAGUAAAAUACAUUGAAUAUUGGUGAUAAGUACUGAGGAAAAAAAAGGGAAGGGAGAUGAUUUGAUGUUAGAUUAAAAGAGUGAUACAAAUUAAUAGUACUAUAAUUUAAUACAGUUAAUUAAAAGAACAUCACAAAAGAGCAAUAAAUGAAAUAAUAAAGAUGCAUAAUGGCAAAACUAAUCAUAUCCCGCCAUACCAUUUCACUCCCACCUCCCUUGUAGCAGCCUGAUAUAUCUAUUCUUAUUCCUACAAAUAUGUAUACACAAACAUUACAUACGGGGUUUUGUCUUUUUCUACAGUUACUCUGCAACUUCUAAAAUGUAAUGUGUAUUGUGAGCCCCUUACAAGUCUAUACAUAUAUAAUCGCUUUUAAAUUUCUUAAUAUACACACACAAUUUUAUAUAUAAUGAGAUUUUUUGGGUGGGUCAGUUUGCUUUAAAUGGGAUCAUAUAUAUCCUCUGCAUCUUUUCUUAUCCAACAAUGUAUGAUAAAAAUCCCUCCAAGUCUGUCAUAGCUCUUACUCUUUUUAGUGCUGGGUAAUACUGUAUGAUGAUGAAGAGGUUAUUAAACCUCUUCCAUAUUGAUGGGCAUUUACUUUGUCACCAUGUUUUUACUAUUAUGGUAAUUGUGCCUGUGCACAUAUUCAUGACCAUGAUGGUUUUACUUCUAUGGAAUAGAUUCCCUGGAGUAGGAUUGCUGGGUUAAGGGGUAUGUCGAUUUAAAAUUUUUAAAUAAAUGUUGACAUGUUGUCUCCCAAAAAGGCUGGGACAGUUUAUAUUUCCAUCAGUAAAUGUACAAAAAUACUGUUACCCUUUAUACCCAUUAGCAAAAACUGUUGUAGCAUUUAAAAAAAAGAAAAGGAAAGGAAAAAAAGCCUGGUGGUGGGUAUAGUGAUUUCGCAGUGUUUUUUUUAUUUGCAUUUUCAUUACUACUGUAAAUCUGGAAAACUUUCCAUAUGUUCUUUGGUCAUUUGGAUUUCAUUCAUAAUUUACUUAUUGUAUUAGUUUUCUAUCUCUGCAUAACAAAUUACCACAAAUUUAACAGCUUAAAACACCACCCACUGAUUAUCUCAUGGUUCUGUGGGUUAGAACUUCAAGCAGGCUUUGAUUGGGCUCUCUAUUUAGUUUCCAGUAAGGCUGGAAUGAAGGUGUGUGCCAGGCUGGGCUCUUAGCUGAAGGCUCUGGGGAAGAAUUCACUUCCAAGCUCAUACAUGUUGGCAGAAUUUGCUUCCUUGGGAUUGUAGGAUGGUUGCAAGAUGGAGGUCUCUAUUCCCUUGCUGACUGUCAACUAGGGUUGUUCUCAGCUCCUAGAGGCUACCCUCCAGCCCUUGCACGUGGUCCCCUCCAUCUUCAAAGCUAGCAGGCAUACAUCGAAUCCUUCUCAUGCUUUGACUCUUUGUUUUCUGCUACCAGUCUUUUUAAAGGGCUCAUGUGACUAGGUUAAGUCCACCCAGAUAAUUUCUGUAUGUUAAUGUCAACUGGUUAGUAUCCUUAGUUACAUCUGCAAAGGCCCUUUGCCCUGUAAAUGUAGCAUUAUCAUAGGAGUAACACCAGGGGCAGAGAUCAUGGGGACCAUCUUAGAAUUCUGCCUACCAUAAAUAUUCAUAUUUUUAUUUGUACCUUUAUAUUCAUUUUAAUUUUUAUUCAUAUUUUUGCUCAUGUUUCUAUUGUGUUUGUCUUUUUAUUUAGUUUGUAGGAGCUUUUUAUAUAUUAAGCCUUCCUACUCUUGGUUGCAAACAUUUUUUUCUAACUCUUAUAAGCUGUCUAUUAACCACAUUAAUGAGUACUUUUUCCAUAGAAAACUUAGCCAUUUGGAUUUCACUCUUAAGGUGAAUUGCAUAUUUGUAUUUUUUAAUUCACAUUUAAAAUUUUUAUUCAUUUUUAUUCAUUUUGAUUUUUGAUUUUUAUUAACAUUUCGCCCAUAUUUUCAGUCUUUUAAAAAAAUUAUAAGUGCUCUUUGUGUAUUAUAAACUCUUUCUCUUAUUAUUUGCUAAUUUUCUCCAGAUCUUUGAUUUGUCUAUUGACCAUAUUUAUAAUAUCUUUUCCCAUUCAAAACUUUAUAUUGGUAUAUAUCCAAUAUAUUAUUUUAUUUUUCAAAAUACAGACAUUUAUGAAUAUAUAAAUAUUUUGAAGUAUUCUGUAUUGUUUAAGGUCUUCACCCCUGAGUGGCAUGUAUAGUCUCCUGGAAUGGCUUUUGCAUUUUAUUUAUUUAUUUUUAAUUUGUCUACUCCAUUUGGAAUUUGUUUUUGUAUACAAUGCAAGCUAUGGAUGCAACUUUACUUUCUUCCGAGUGAGUUGCCAAUUGUUCUAGCACCCUUUAUUAAAUAAACUAUCUUUUCCCAAUGAAUUGAAACACCAACUUUGUCGUAUAUUAAAUUUUCACAUAUGAUGAGAUUUAUUUCUCAGUAUGCUAUUCUGUUUCACUUCUAGUUCUCUUUACAUAUGGCAAUAUCAUAUGGAUUCAAUUACAGUGGAUUUCUAUUCUGUUUGUGAGCAGUGGUUUUAUAAAAUGAUCAGGCAGAGCAUUUUCCUACCCCACAUGCCUACCUACUGUUCUUUUUACUACUUUUCUUGGCCAUUUGAAAUUUGUGAUCACUUUAUCCAAUUAGGGGUUGAAAUUGCAUUAAAUUUUCAGAUUAAUUUUGGGAAAUUUGACAUAUGAUAUUGUCUUCUAAGAACUAAGAAAAUUGUAUCAUUUUCAGUUUGCUCAGGUCUUGUCUAUAGCUUUAGUAAGAUUUGAGAGUUUUCUUCAUUUAAGUCUUGCGUCUUUUUUAUCAAAUGUAUUCUUAUUUCUUAGCCUUUUGGUCAUUACUGUGAAUGGAUUUUUUUUUCCAUUUCCAUUUCUAAAGGCUUAUUAUAAAUAAAGGAAAAGCCUGUUUUUUUCUGUGUACUUACCUUGUAUACAACUUUACUAUAUAUACUUGCUAAAUUUUCUCAUUAAUUUCAGCAGUUUUCACUAGAGUCUCUUGGGAUUUGUAGAAAUAUAAUGAUGACACAAAUAAUUCAACGUUUUUUGCAAUGUUUGACAGAUUCUUUUCUAGAAUCUUUAUUGUCUAUAAACGCCAUCAUAGUGUUGAGUGAUAACAGUGAUAGCAGGCAUCUCUGUUAUUGAUUUUAGCUAAAAUAGUUUGAGUAUUUAGUUAUUUAGAAUAUUUGUGUUGCUACUUGGUAAAUAAUCUUUAUCUUAUUUAAAUACAUUCUUUCCUGUUUUACCAAGAGAUUCUGUUAGGUAUAGCUGCUAAUUUUAUCAAAUGCCUUUUCAGCAUCUUUUGAUGUGGUCAGGUGUUACUUUCUUUUAAUCUGUUGACUAGCUGGAUUAUGUGUGGAGUUGCUGACAUGAAACCACUCUUGUCUCCUUGUAAUAAAGCCUGCUUGGUCAUAAUGUGUUAUUCUUUUCUUAUAAAUCAGUAUUCCAGUUGCUAAUCUUUUAUUUAGAACUUUAGCAUGAAUAUUCAUAAGUGAGAUUAGUCUAUAGAUUUCUUUAGUGGAUUAUUUUAUUAGGUGUAAAAAAUUAUGCAGGUUGGCAAAAUAUGGGAGUAAUCAGAAGGCUCACCCACUGCUGGUGAGAAGGCAACUUUUUUCAAAUACGGUUUCCAAUUUAUUGGAAAACCAUUUGGCAGAAUCUACUAAAGUGAAAAUAUUCACACCAUGGAAUCUAGUAAUUCUGCUUCUAGGCAUACACCCAAUAAAAUGCAUACAUAUGUUCACCAAAAGAUAUGUUUUAGAAUGUUUAUAGCAACACUAUUACUAAUAGCCUCAAACCUGAAACUACCUAAAAGUCCAUCCACCUGUAGAAUGGAUAAAUACAUUUUUGUGUGUUCAUACAAUGGAAUAUGAUCCAAUGAGAACAGUUUAUAACUAUGUGCAACAUAUGGAUGAAUCUCAGAAGCAUUAUGAUCAGCCUAAAAAGCCAGAUAUAAAAGAAUGCUAUGUGCUUUCCUUCAUAUAAAGUACAAAAACAGGCAAAACUAAUCUAUGCUGUUAGAAGUCAGGAAAGUGGUUAUCCUCAGUGGAAGGUAGGCAGGGGAAGAGACAGUGUCUGAAAGGAAGUCUGAGGGGGACUUCUGGAGCGCUGGUAAUGUUUUGUUUCUUUAUUUGGAUGCCUGUUUAUGGUGCAUUGUUUAGUUAAUGAAAAUUCAUCUAACUUACAUGUACACAUUUUUUUUCAAUAAAAU